CCCUAUGAUAGAGUGCUAAGCGGGUUCUCUUGGUGAUAUCAGGGGGUGUGCAGUUUGGACAGUAACCCAAGCCAGUACAAACACAGCCCAAAUAUAUCCACAGCCACUUUGCGGUUGGGGAUUGAGUGGGCAUCUGGAUGAAGACUGGCACUAGAGUAGAGUCAAAUAGAAUAACAGAAGGAAAGAAAGUUUAGGAUCUUACUUUUGUUGUCCAAAAAGCAGUCUGCGAUGAACUUCACUUUGGACUUCAAAGCAGGGAUGGGAGACUCGAGUUCAAUGGAGAACUUAGAGAAGCAGCUCAUUUGCCCCAUCUGUCUGGAGAUAUUCACUAAGCCUGUGGUCAUCUUACCCUGCCAGCACAACCUCUGUAGGAAGUGUGCCAAUGAUGUUUACCAGGCCUCUAACUCUUUUUGGCAAAACCGGGGCUCUACCACUGUGUCUACAGGGGGACGUUUCCGCUGCCCAUCUUGUCGCCAUGAAGUGAUAUUGGACCGGCAUGGUGUAUAUGGCCUUCAGAGGAACCUGCUAGUGGAGAAUAUCAUUGAUAUAUACAAAUCUGAGACUAACAGGCCACUCCUGCCCAAAACAGAGCAACAGCAGCUGAUGUGUGACCAGCAUGAGGAGGAGAAGAUCAACAUCUACUGCCUCACCUGUGAGACACCGACAUGCUCCAUGUGCAAGGUGUUCGGGGAUCACAAGGACUGUGAUGUGGCCCCGCUGACAGUCAUUUACAAGAGACAGAAGACAGAGCUAAGUGAUGCCAUAGCCGUCUUGGUGGCAGGAAAUGACAGAAUACAGGCCCUGAUCUCACAGAUGGAGAAUAUUUGUAGGACUGUCAAGGAAAAUGGUCGGCAACAGAUGCAGAACAUCUCUGAUAAGUUUGAUGAACUUUUUGCCAUCAUAGAAGAGCGUAAAAGGGAACUAAUAGAGACUGUCGGCCGUGAGCAGGACCGAAAACUGGGCCACGUCCGCUCCCUUAUGCGUCGCCACGGAGACUACUUAGAGAUGUCCAUCAAACUGGUGGAAACAGCCAUCCAGUCCAUGGAGGAACCUCAGAUGGCUGUGUUUCUGCAGAGUGCAAAGGAAGUGUUCAAGAAGAUCACAGACACUGCCAAGGCCUCCAACAUUGAGCAGACGGAGGCAGGCUUUGAGAGCAUGGACCACUUCAUCAUCAACACGGAGAAUGUGGCCGACAUGCUGAGAGGCAUUGACUUCCAAACAGGUGAAGAUAGAGAAGACAGCAGUGAAGAAGCUUCUGAAGACCUGACCAACUCACCUGGUCAGAGUGGUGAAUCAGGGAGACUCUAACUUAUUUUGAAACCCAAGUGUGAAUCUGCCAGAUCAUGCAGACGUCCCAUCCUGUGACGUGAUCAGUCUUGGCAUCAGUGGCACUCAUUGUGUUAUUGAGUACACUCGUCAUCUCCCACCAAACUCUAUUAAAUAUUCGCUGACUAAAGUCUCUGUAAGGGCACUGUAAACAUUUGAAUCUGGUGGAAUGUUGAUGUGAUGAACUACACCUGUGUGAACCACAUACAUCCACUAAAAAUCACCUUAACACUAGUUAAUAAGAAAUUGCAAAUUCCUGAGAAAAGAUCAUUCUAAGAAAUUUUUUUGUUUCAUUUGUUUGCAGAAGUCACUUGGUUUUAAUAAUUUUAUAUCUGAUACAAAUUGCUUUUAAAGUGCAACUUAAGCAUCCUAAAUAUCCAAAUACUUUUUGGCACCAUUGAACGUCUUUCCCAGGCAAACCAGCCAUGUGCCAGUCACAUUUUUACCUCAGUGCUACAUUUGAACUCUGCCAAAGAUGUGCAUCAAAAAACCAGCAACUACAAAUAUAAAACUAUAGUCUUCUUCUUAAAGUUCUUCUAUCACAGAAUGAAAAUUGUCAUCAUUUACUAAUCCUCAUGUUGUUCCAAACUAAUUCCUCAUGUUGUUUCUUUCUUACAUACACUCUUAAAAGGUUAGUUCACCCAAAAAUGAAAAUUCUGUCAUUAAUUACUCACCCUCAUGUUGUUCCACACCUGUGAGACCUUCGUUCAUCUUCAGAAAACAAAGAGGUAUAUGACUCGUCCAUAGACAGCAAUUUAAUCAACACUUUCAAGGUCCAGAAAGCUUCUAAAGACAUUGUUAAAACCAUUGACGUGACUGCAGUGGUUCAACCUUAAUGUUAUGAAGUGACGAGAAUACUUUUUGUGUGCACAAAAACAAAAAUCAGUACUGAAGAAGAAAAAAGAAGAAAUUGUUGAAUAAAGUAAUUUGCUGCGUCCCAAUUCGCAUACUAUUUAGUAUUCCAAAGAUACCUGGAUGGUCUACUUUUUCCGGUUAGAAUCCGAGGUGCAGAUCCGUGCACACUGUAAUAUUGCCCAUAACACCUUGCGCUGUGAACGAGGAUUCGUUUAGAACUACAAAUACGAAUAAAAAGUGUUAAAAAACUACAAACAUGACGGAUGUGCGAGACCGACGGUUAAGCAGAGCUGUGGUUUGAGUGAUUAAUAAUCAGUAUCUAACCUGACGAAAAGAUAUUUAUUAAAUGUUAUCCACAUUAUAUUUCAUCAGCAACAGCAUUGUGAACUUUUGCAUUUGGUCAUUAACUUUUAAAUGCAUCAUUAUGCAAACAUGAGGAGAGUUCUUCACAUGAAAGACCCAUGACUGGCAGAUCAACAUGCGACUACAUUUCUUUCUGAAACGGUAGGAAAUUAAAUUUGGAGGAUUUUAACUGUGACAAGAUGAUUGACAGGGCAGUUUAAACACUUGACAGGGCACAAAAACAGGGCAUAGUAUAAGUAGGCGAAUUGGGACGCAGCAAUUAUUUUGUACCCAAAAAGUAUUCUUGUCGCUUCAUAAAAUUAAGGUUGAACCACUGUAGUCACGUUGACUAUUUUAACGAUACCUUUCUGGCACUUUAAAGUGGUAAUUGCGUUGCUGUCUAUGAGGGAUCAGAGAGCUCUCGGAUUUCAUCAAAAAUAUCUUAAUUUGUGUUCCGAAGAGGAACGAAAGUCUUAUGGGUUUGGAACGAAAUGAUGGUGAGUAAUUAAUGACAGAAUUUUCAUUUUUUGGGUGAACUAACCCUUUAAAAAUUAUUUUAAUAUGAAACCCACCACCCACCUUGAAGCAAAUAAGACUUAGAAGGUUGUAUAAGAAAUAAAGAGAGAGAACCCUUUAAAGGUUCUUCAUGGAAUCAUAGAUCCAGUAGUGUAGUGUGAGUAAACAGCAAAAACUUACUAACCAAGGUGUCAAAGUUGUUCCUAAGCUUCAUACUUUAUACAACUUGGAAAAUAGUAUUUGCACAAACAAAAUACAUUUCCUGUUCUUCGAGAUGGGUAUCCUGUCAUGCAGGGGCAUCCCCACCACUGCAAGCUUUCUUUAAAUAACCCUUCCUCUUACUUCAAUUUAAAGGUCAGAAACCUCAGUUAAUCGGGCAGCGUGGGCCAGGACAGCAUGCAGCUUUCUCUCUGGCCCUUUACUGAUCUAAUAGGACCGUGUGUCCAUUGAGUAGGUGCAGCGUUGAGAACAGGGCUAAAUCGCAGUGGCAGGCACUCGGAAUCCUUCCUCUCGGCUUCUGACGGUCCGUCCGCCCCCACCUGGAGCCGUGAGUCCACUUCCACCCAUUACUUAAUAACCGCCCGUCUCUGUGCCACAGCUAGGAUAUAUGGCAGUAGAGAUAUAUGACUGGAUGCAUGUGCUCACAGGCGCUGACCUUGUCACUCGUGCUGUCAGCUCACUGAUCAAUUCAUGGAGGGAAAGAGAGUGAGAGAGUCAUUUAGCAAAGUCUGGGUAUGUGCAGAACAACUCCACACAUGGAGUGCGUCCGCUCGGAAUGAGGAUGGAUCUUAUUUUGAGGAGGUGGUGCGUCACAAGCCGACGUACCGGCCUUCGUGUAAUUUAAAGCUGUAAUUCUUCCUAGAACAAGAGGUUUUUUCGGGUGUCAGAAGCAGAAUGGAGAAGCAAUCUGCGGGAUGAGAUGCGACUUGUUUAACAGUUACUUGAGCUUAAUAUAUCAUUUAGAGUUUCUUUUCUUUAUUUUAUGCUUGAUUGGCUAAAAUACAGUUUAUGUAACACUUCAACAAUGAGUGUUCAGUCAACAUAUAUUCUUGCCAAUGCAAAGCACCUCUCCCACUUGCCCCAUUUAUGACUAAAAUAGACUGAGUGUAAGUGGAAGAUUAUGGAAGAUUUAACUCUUAUAUUUUAUUUUCCAUUUCCAGGGUAUUUCCUGUGCGGACUUAAGAGAGACUAUAAGGAGGAGGUUUUCUUUAAUCCUUUCAACAUGGCAAGAGCUUCUUUCAUCUGGCAUUUUGUGGCCCUAGGACUGUGAGCUAUAGUUACAAAUUUAUUCGUAGCUUUUACAUUCUGUUUAAAACUAUGUUUAUGAUGCAGUUUUUGGUCUUUUUUGAUCACAUAACUUUAGCAGAGUUGAUACAACUUAAAAUUAGAGGAGAACAUAUGAAACUAGAAAACAUUAGUGGGUUGUCCAAAUUUAUAUAUAUGUGUAUAUAUAUAUAUAUAUAUAUAUAUAAUAUCACAUAAUUUUUGCAGAAUUGAUACCACUUAAAAUUAGAGACCGUACAAAAUCAGGAGAAAAAAAAAAGCUAUAUAUAUAUUUUUUUUACUGAUUUUGUAUGGUCUCUAAUUUUAAGUGGUAUCAGUUCUGCAAUAUAUAUAUAUAUAUAUAUAAAGCCAAAUUUUUCAUAGUUUUUGUAGGUAAUCUGUACAUCAAUAUUUUUAAUUUUCAAAUAAAGAUGCUUUGUGUUUUCAUUAAAAGUUGUGAAUGAUGUGUAUAAAAUAGGCUGAUAAUUCUGUAUUUAUCUACAAAUACGCCCAAACUUAUUUGAAAAUAAUAAUAAUGAUUAAUAUGAAUUGAAACUGCAAAUGUCACUACCUAGUUCAACCAUUAGUGUCACAUUUAAAAACACUUUUGGAAUUAAGACCAUUACAGCCCUUCAAUUCAUGAUACGCAUUUAACAUUUCAAAAGAAGGUAGGGUAAUUUUCAUCUCACCUGUUACUCAUGUGUUUUUAUGUUUUGCGUUAUGUUAAUAUCUGUGUAAAUGUUCAACCCGUGUCUGCUGUGAUCAUUACCACUUUUAAUGGGUGAUAAUGAGGUUUCCAUGUUUGCAGUUACUUGUAAAAGGCAUGUAGUCUCAUUUAUUUCUGCAGAGUUCAAAAUACAAAGUCAUGUUUAUGCAUUUAGGUGCAAUAUAAUAUGUAAUUUACAUAAUGACAAGCAAUAUACAAUGUACAGUAUAUCUCAA